GUAGCAUAAACAGAUUCUCUCUUUAUUGAAAAAGUUUGCUUUUAACGAGCAAAAUGGGAAAAAUAAUUCGAACAGUGAUUGGAGACAUUGGUUCUGAAAAUCUAGGAAUAACAUUAACUCACGAACAUUUUAACUUGAAAUUUGACAAGUUUUACUGCUGUCCACCACCACAGCUACACAAAUAUUUCAAUGAUGGAAUUAAUGAGAAGAUUCAUCUUAAAAAUGUUGGAUAUGUCAAGCAAUAUCCAUAUGCAAGCAAGUAUAAUUUGCAAUUUGAUGACGAUGAGACACAAAAAGCUGUACUUGAUGAUGUAAUGGAAUUUAAGUUGUUUGGAGGACGCAGUAUUGUUGAAAAUACAACUUAUGGAAUCGAGAGGAACUUGAAUUAUCUUGUAGAUGUUGCACAGAAAACUGGAGUUAAUGUUAUUGCUGGAACUGGGCAUUAUAUUGAAAUGACUCAGAAAGCUGAAACCUUAAAAAUGUCUUUAGAAGAAAUGGUUGAUUUAUAUACAAAAGAUAUUGAGGAGGGAAAUCAAAUUGACUCUGGACUAACUGUAAAGUGUGGAUUUAUAGGCGAAGUUGGAAGUACUUAUCCUAUUACUAAUUUUGAAAAGCAAGCAAUUCAAGCAACAGCAAUUGUACAAAAUAAAUUAAAGUGUGGUGUUUCCUUCCAUCCAGGAAGAGACUCGAAAGCUCCAUUUGAAAUUGUCAGAGUUUACCUUGAAGCUGGUGGUGACAUCAAUAAAUGUGUCAUGUCUCAUUUAGAUCGAACACUUUUGAAUGACGAAGAAUUGCUUGAAUUUUCUAAAUUUGGAUGUUACUGUCAAAUGGAUCUCUUUGGUAAUGAAGUGUCUUGGUACCAAUUAAAUCCUAAUGCUGACAUGCCAUCUGAUGCUCAAAGAGUUGAACGACUGAAAAUGUUGGCUGAUGAAGGAAAAAUUGAUAGAAUAUUAAUGAGCCAUGAUAUACACACAAAGCAUAGAUUGACUGCAUUUGGUGGACAUGGAUUUGCACAUGUUUUGAAUAAUGUCAAGCCAAAAAUGCUUAUUAAAGGUUUCACUGAAGAACAAGUUCAUCAAAUUAUGGUCAAGAAUCCAGCAAAUUGGUUAGAAAUGUAAAAAUAGAAGAUUUUGAAACAAUAAAGCAUGAUCAAGUCAUAUUUGUUGUCAUCAA